AUGGAAGUCAUCUCCUUCAAACCCCCUGUCGACAACAUGGUUCUCGAUGGUGAGGAGCAUGAAGUAGCACUCUAUAUGCGGCGCCGUUGUUCUCCGGGACCCCUUGUUGCUUUCUUCUGCUUCUUCUUGCGCUCAGAAGCCGCGCCCAUAAACCGUAUCUGGCGCUGGACCGAUCUGUCCAAUUGCAAUGAAAAAUUCACAGAGGCCACCCCGAGGAGUCAGGUGCGAGCCCCCAAGCAAGGAAGCACUUCGUACCAGAGACCGUAUGUCACCGGCUUGGAUCCGUCUCCAACGGCCGACUUACCUUGUAACCUACGAAGUACAAAGCCGGAUGUCGAGGACGGGAUGCUGGGGAGAGGCGGCAUGGCUGCCUCAGGGGCUCAGAAGGACAGAACAGAGGCUUCCGAAGUAAUUAAUUACGGAGUACACAUACUGGUAAUUGAUGGAAGGGACGGACCCCCGGAUUUAGAAGACCUGGCCAAGAAUUUCAUCACAGCACGCGGGGGCUCUGGAAACUGGGACCCCCGGACGGUGAUGAUCAUGACGAUGUAUCAGAACAAAUGGAGGAUGAACGGGAUCGUGGUGCUUGUCCGUUCCCUUUCCACCCGGCUGAACGGAAAACAUUAUCAUAUUUCGCCGAGUGGACGUAUCAUCCCCAUAAUAAAUGACGUUACUCGAGUCCGACCUGCCAGCGUCUGCACAGGAAGAGCCGCUUCCCCUGCGUGCCCGCUGUGGAUCCCUAAUCCGAAAGCCGCCAUUGGCCGUAUCAUGACAACAAAAUCACCUACCACAUGCAACUUGGCUGCGGUCAGCCUGGCUUUUGUUCCGACUUCUCCCGACCUCGUACUGAAAAUCCCAAAUCGUACCUGGUAUCUUGACCGACGAUACCUCGCGUCGCAAGGGGAACAGAAGUCUCGACCUAGUCUCUCCCGGUCAGCGAUUCAUGUCACGGGGGUCAUGAAAACCGCACGCUUCUCAUCUCGCCCUGAAAGCUUCGAUGGACGGUCUGGUCCCCUCUGUGCUGGUGACUCCACACCGAAAUCCUCCGUUGGACCGGGGGGUUCAACUGGCUUGGGGCUGAGUAAACCCAGCAACGACGCCAUUUGCAAACGGAAGCCCGAUCAAACAUUUAAACCGAUUUCAGCCCAACCACCUACGGGUCUUUCCCCGACACGAGAAUCCGCCGGAAUCCAGUUCAUCUACACGUAG